CCAAGUCCGGGCAGUCUCCUGGCUUGCCGCUUUCCCAUGCAAGCCAACCAUCCUCCAUUUCUGUUUUUCCUCUCAUCCUCACGUUUCCCAAUCUCGAUUCUCUCUUUCUCUUUCUCUCUCUUUCUCUGUCUGUCUCUCUCUCUCUCCAGUCUCCACUUCAUUCUCAUGCCAUAGCUUGCAAUCAAGCAAGCAAGCAAGCAAUGUCCGUUUCUGAACGAAUCCCCGCUUCACCACAACUACCUGUAAUUGAUUAUUGAUACAUACAUAUAUACAUAUAUACAUUAUCUCUCCGAUUAAUCUCACUUUCAAUUUGGGAAUAUGACGGAAGAAUUCGAAGAAGAUGAUCGGAACGCGUUAGCGGGGCUGAGCAGUGCGCCCCCUCGCCGCAAGUCCCAUUCCUACAGCCAGCAGCUUCGCACCAACACCGGCAGCCACUACAAGCGCCACCACCAGCUCCGCAAGCACAGCCUCGACGAGGACCGCAUUUCCGCCGACAUUAUUAACAGCCAAAAUGCCGUCUACGACAGCUCUGAUUACGACGAGGAUGCCGCCUAUUAUCACUAUUCCAACGUCAACGGCGAUCCGCAAGACUACAAUCGUAUGGUGGAGGGCCACGAUAGCGGCUGCCCCCCGCCCGGUGAAGGAUCGCAGGAAUUCCAAAACAAGCACUACUUGCCCGAGUUCAUCGGCGCGGGAGGCGGCACCGGAAUCUUUAAAGUCCCGUCUCGCUCUGCUGUACACCCUGGCCGUCCGCCUUGCCUCGAGCUCAGGCCUCACCCUCUCAGAGAAACACAGGUUGGUAAAUAUUUGCGAACCAUUGGUUGUACUGAGACACAACUAUGGGCAGGACUAGAAUCAGGGGUAAGAGUGUGGAACUUUUCGGAUGCAUAUGAGCCAGGGCCUGGAAUGGGGGGAAGGACAAGGAGAGGGGAUGAGGAUGCCGCGCCCUUUCAUGAAUCAGUGGUUACAUCUCCUACACUAUGUUUAAUGGUUGAUAUGGGGAGUAAGUUAGUGUGGACUGGGCACAAGGAUGGAAAGAUUAGGACUUGGAAGAUAGACAAGUGCAAUUCAGACGAUUCACCUUUUAAGGAAGGCCUCUCCUGGCAGGCUCACCGUGCUCAAGUUUUAUCAAUGGUGACUUCUUGUUAUGGUGAUAUAUGGUCUGGUUCUGAGGGUGGUGUCAUUAAGGUCUGGCCAUGGGAAAGUGCUGAAAAAUCUCUCUCUUUGUCGCCUGAAGAGAGACAUAUGGCUGCUUUACUUGUGGAGAGGUCAGGCAUUGAUCUUAGGAGCCAAGUGACUGUUAAUGGUGUCUGUAAUAUCUCAUCCUCUGAGGUGAAGUGUCUAUUGUCUGAUCAUGUUAGAGCUAAAGUGUGGGCAGCUGGAUCCUUAUCCUUUUCAUUGUGGGAUGCUCGUACAAGAGAACUUCUGAAAGUAUAUAAUGUAGAUGGUCAGAUUGAGAACCGAGUUGACAUGUCUUCAGCCCAAGACCAAGCAGUUGAAGAUGAGAUUAAGUUGGUGCCCAAAUCUAAAAAGGAAAAAACAGGUUUUUUGCAGCGGUCACGGAAUGCUUUGAUGGGUGCAGCAGAUGCUGUUCGUAGAGUUGCAUCUAAGGGAGCAGGAGCAUUUGUGGAGGAAGCUAAGAAAACUGAAGCAAUGUUGCUUGCUCCAGAUGGAAUAAUUUGGACUGGAUGUUCAAGUGGCUUACUUGUGCAGUGGGAUGGAAAUGGCACCCGCCUACAAGACUUUCUUCACCAUCCUUGUGCUGUUCUAUGCUUUUGCACUCAGGGAUCACGAAUAUGGGUUGGCUAUGCAAGUGGUAUUCUACAGGUGUUAGAUCUUGAAGGAAACUUAGUUUCAAGUUGGGUUGCUCAUAAUGGCCCAGUUGUGAAGUUGGCGGUUGGAAGUGGCUAUCUUUUUAGCUUGGCUAACCAUGGUGGUAUACGUGGAUGGAGCCUUGCCUCUCCAGGACCCAUCGAUAACAUUUUGCGACAAGAAUUGACAGAGAAAGAAGAUACCUAUACAAAACAAACGAAUAUCAGAAUUUUAAUUGGAACAUGGAAUGUUGGUCAAGGAAGAGCAUCUCAAGAAGCACUUAAUGCAUGGCUGGGCUCUGCAGCAUCAGAUGUUGGAAUCGUAGUUGUUGGAUUACAAGAAGUGGAAAUGGGUGCAGGGUUCCUUGCAAUGUCUGCGGCUAAAGAAUCUGUAGGACUUGAAGGAAGUUCUAUUGGACAAUGGUGGCAGGAUGCUAUAGGGAAAGCUUUAGAUGAGGGAUCAGUUUUUGAACGUGUAGGAUCCAGACAGCUGGCUGCUUUGCUUAUAACUAUCUGGGUAAGAAAGACGCUAAGAACACAUAUUGGGGACCUUGAUGUUGGAGCAGUUGCAUGUGGUUUAGGUCGAGCAAUCGGUAAUAAGGGUGGUGUUGGUUUGAGGUUGAGAGUAUAUGAUCGCUUAAUGUGCUUUCUGAACUGUCACUUUGCGGCACAUUUGGAAGCAGUCAACCGGCGAAAUGCUGAUUUUUACCAUAUAUUUCGAACAAUGGCUUUCUCAAAGUCUCCCAUCUUCAACGCUGCCGGUAUGCUGCGAUACCUGUUUUUGUCUUGCUCUCUUGUGUUGUCCACAUAUUUAUUUUGGCUGCUUUACACUUCUGGCUUGCCUUGGAUCAUCUUCAUCUCUCUUGCAGCUAGCAUCUCAUCUGCUGCUCAAAUGCUGCGGGGUGCAAAUGCUCCAUCAGCUAAUCCUGAAGAGGGGAGGCCUGACCUUGGUGAUGCUGAUAUGGUCACUUUCUUUGGGGAUUUCAAUUAUCGUCUUUUUGGGAUAACUUAUGAUGAAGCGAGGGACUUGGUUUCACAGAGAAGCUUUGAUUGGCUUCGAGAAAAGGAUCAGCUGAGAGCAGAAAUGAAAGCUGGUAAAGUUUUUCAAGGAAUGCGCGAAGCAAUCAUCAGGUUUCCUCCAACCUACAAGUUUGAAAAGGGAAAACCUGGACUAGGAGGAUACGAUUCGGGUGAAAAGAAACGUAUUCCAGCCUGGUGUGACAGGGUCCUAUAUCGUGACAACCGAGCAGUUAUGAAUACUGAGUGCAGCUUAGAGUGUCCAGUAGUUGGAUCUGUUGUACAGUACGAGGCUGUAAUGGAAGUGACAGAAAGUGAUCAUAAACCAGUACGAUGCAAAUUAAACGUUGAAAUUGCUCACAUCGAUAGAUGCAUAAGGAGACGAGAGUUUGGUAAAAUUUAUCAGAACAACGAUAAAAUCAAGGGUUACCUUGAAGAAUUACGCGAUGUUCCUGAGACAAGCGUGGGCACUGAUAAGAUAGUUCUUCAGAAUCAAGAAACAUUCAGCUUAACAAUAACCAACAAGAGUGGAAAGGAUAAAGCUCAUUUUUACAUUAUCUGUAAAGGACAAGCCAUAACUGAGGAGGAGGAGAAGCCAUCAGAUUAUCGCCCCAGAGGGUCCUUGGGGUUUCCUCGCUGGCUUGAGGUAACACCUGCAGCAGGGAUGAUCAAACCCGAACAGAGCAUAGAAGUAUUGGUACACCAAGAGGACUUCCACACCUCGGAAGAAUUCACAGACGGGUUUCCACAGAGCUGGUGGUCUGAAGACAACAAAGAUAAAGAGGUGGUAUUGUUGAUCAACGUGGUAGGGAGUCGUUCCACGGAGUCAGUAACGCACCAGGUGCGCGUUCAGCAUAGCUAUUCUCCCAGUGGUGCAUCAAUUCGCUCUGAUCCCAAAAGCUCCAGCUCUAGAAGACAAUCAAUGUCCAUGCAAAGGUAGCUCUGCUCUGCUUUGCUUUGAAGCUAGCAGGCAGGAUGAGCAGUAAAACAUCUUUCAGUUUAUUGUUAACAGGUCAUCUGCAUAAGACAGAUAUAAUUUAUUUUCUUUCGGCGCAUUUGGUGGGGAUUGAAUGAUGAGAUUCAAGCUCACUUGUACUGUCUCAAAAGGGUGUACUUUUACCUCCAUAUGCAAUGCAAGUAUGUUU